CAUGAUGCUUUUCGAGGAGUUCACUAGUUUGGCGAUCUAGUUCGCACGCGCAGUUGGAUCAUCCAACUGCGCAGGAAUUACGUCACACUAGCUGCGCUGCCUUGAAAGUCUUCCCCUCUUUCUUAACAGCGCUGAUUCUUCAUUUUUGAUUUGCAAGUUCGCACAAUCUAAUUCCUCUUCAAAUCCAAAAAAACCCCUUUCUCCAAAAAAAUCAUUUCAGUCAACAUGUCUCGCAGAUUCCUAACCUACGGUGGUCUUACUGCUCUUGGUGGAGCGACUUACUACCUCUACAACGCUGGAGGCGACCCGAAGCUUGCUGAGAAGAAAGCAGAACACGAUGCGGCGAAUGCUACGCGCAGACUGAGAGGCGACUACCCUGGCCAGGACAAGGAAGCGAAGAAGGCAGCCGAGGAGGGUUACGAGGCAGUACGCGCCACCGCACAGCAAUACGCCGACCAAGCCAAGGCGGAGGCGAAUAGACUUGAAAAGAAGUUCGAUGCUUACAGCGCCGAUGCGAAAAAGCAGUACGAGCAUGCAAAGGUACUUGCUGAACAAGAGCUACACCAAGCCGGCAAGCAGGUCAACGCAGCGGCGAACAAGUUUGAUGCCGUCGUCGAGGACAAGGCGGCAAAGGCAACGGGCUGGUUCGGCGGCUGGUUUGGUGGUAGCAAACGUCUUCCGGCCGAGCUCGUCAACCUUCUCGCACUCCACUCAUCCUUUCUGACGGCCCUCUCACUGCAUUACGCGCACAACGGCAUCUCGACACCCGCAGAUCUCCAGGCCUUGACUGCAUCUACGACUCUGGUAUGGCGCCAGCGCAAGGUCACUUACGAUGACGUACGGCUGCUCAUCGGCAUCCUCGACCACGGCCCUUCUGGCUCCAACAACCCCUACUACCUAUCCGACUAUGGCCGUGGCAAGAUUUGCAUCGAGAUUAAGGAAAACAGCCCAAUGAUGAACGGAAUGACGCACAUGAACGAACAAGGCCUGCAAGAAAUGUUCAAGGAGGGUCUAGACACAUUGUGGUCCCAAUGGUGUGCAUCGCAGCAGAUGUCGACUCGACCUAUUGCCGUACCCAAGCGUGGACGGGGACGCCCAAAGAAGACCGAUGUCAAGCAAGCAACCAUGGAGACUUUCCUCGAUGACGCUUCCAUCUCAAAGUUCCUCGGUCAACUUCCCCUUGCCGAGAUCACCACAUGCGAAUCGCUUAUCGUACUUGCACCAUCACAAGAGAAAGGACGUAAGAGAUUAAGGGAGUUCAAAGAAAGUGUCCAGCAAGGACGUGCACAAAAGAAGACAAGACCAGCGACAGGCAAAGAAAAUGAGUCUACUACAUGCCAAACCCAACAAACUCAACCUGCACAACCCAAGAUCACCGAAUUCGCUGCCGUUCGCAAAACCAAUCUUCUCGACCGCAUCCUCGCCAAACAAGAAGCCGCCAAAGCUGGACCUGCUGCUCCUAGUCCUGCUGAGCUCCAACGAAGAGCAGCACUCCAACGCACCCCAGAAGUUCUUGGCGUUCUCUCCCUCCUUUGUGCCAGCAAACCUGGAUCUCGUGUUUCUUUCUCUACUACCGCUCUUCUACAGGCCCUACAAGGCUCCAUCCGAACUCCUAUCUCAAAAGAUGAGGCAAUGAAGUGUGUGGAAGUGUUGGCGAACGAGGUUGCACCAGGAUAUGUCUCCCUUGUCAGUAUGGGAGCCAUGUCUAGCGUGGUCAUCAACCAGAUGAUGAGGCCCACGGACAUCAAGAGCAGGCUUAUAGCGCUGGGCGCAUGAUCACUAU